AUGUUCCUGAGUCAGAAGAGACCCGGGACCCGGGAGGUGAAGGGACCGAGUCCCCGCGAGGUGGCCGUGGUCGCGAGGCCGAGGCUGCCUCCGGGGCGUCAUCAUGACGAGAUCCUGAUGGAGAGACGGGAGAAGGACUUCGCCCGAGACCAGCUCCUGAAGUUCAGCAGGAACCAGAAGAGCUGUGACAUCACCAGCUCGUGGCUGGAGACCUCAGAGCGUCACAUCCUGAACGGAGCCGUCAACAGAGAAGUCCAAGCUGCUCUGAAGCUGUAUGAGACCGACGUGGAACACCGGAGACACAGGCUCCAGGCUGUGUUGGCGGAGGAGGAGCAGCAGCUCCUGCAGGAGCUGGAGGAUACGAAGGAGACGCUGGAGGAGAGACAAGAGAAGAUGAGAGUGAGAGCUCAAACACUGAGGGAGAGAAGAGAGAGAGAGAGACAGCAGCUGGUGUCUGAGAAACUGGACAAGCAGUUCAGGGAGCAGUGCCAGGAGGUGCGGAGCGUACUCAGCAGACAGAGGGAGCAGCAGGUGAGGGAGGAGCAGGCAGCUCUGGUGAGGAGUCGACAGCAGCAGCUGCAGCAGCAGCAGGAGGAGGAGGAGCUGUUCGACGAGCUGUGGGAGGCCGAUCGACGAGCUAAAGACGAGCAGGAGCAGCAGCGGGCGGAGAUCCAGCGGCUGAGGAACAUGGAGCAGCUGAUCGGCCUCCACACUCAGGUGGAGGAGGCCGAGCUGAGGAGACGGACUGAGAAGGAGCAGAAAGAGGAGGAGGCUCGACUCAUGAGGCGGGAGGAGGAGGAUCAGCUCCUGCUGGCCCAGCAGCAGCACCGACAGAAGAUCCAGUCGAGGCUGAGCAGGCGACACGAGCUGGAUCAGGACUUCAGGAUGAAGAUGAAGCACCGAGCUCGAGAUCAACAGGACGAGCAGCAGCUGGAUAUGAACAUAGAGCAGCUGCUGCUCCAACAGGAAACAGACACGAAGCAGAAAGCUGCUCGCAGGAAGGUGGAGCUGUGUGAGGAACAGCAACGCUACCGUGAGUAUCUGUCUGAGGAGCAGCAGCGACAGAGGAGGGAGGACGACGAGACGGAACAGCUGAUCAAUGAGAAGAUGGAGGAGAACUGGAACAGAAAAGAUGAACUGAACCGUCUCCAGCAGGAGAACCGCAGGAGCAUCAUCAGAGAAGUGGUGACGGAUCAACGUCUGCAGAUCCAACGAAACCUUGACCGGAAGUUGCAGAAACGUGCUGAUGAUUCCAGAGAGAGAGACGAGAUGACCAGAAUGAUGGAGGAGAUGAAGGUGAAGGACGAGGAGGAGAGAAGAAGUGAGAGGCGGAGGUGUGAGGAGUACGAGUUGGGGCUCAGGCGUCAGGUGACUGACCGUCAGCAGCUCGGCUCUGAUCUCAGAGCUCAGACUCAGAAAGAGGAGGAGCAGAGUGCGACGCUGCGGAAGAUCUACAACCACAGGAAACUCCAGGUCCUGGCUCCGCCCAUCUCCCACUCCGCCGCCACACACCCAUUCAGGAGGGCAGGGAGGUCCAGCUCCGCCCACACAGAGCAUCAUGAGUCUGACCAGGAGGAGAACCUGUCUCCAAAGUGACCGGAGAGGCUUCAGUCACCUCCGACAAGAUGAUCAGUCCUUUAAUUACUGUGUGUGUGUGUAAUCGCUGACCUUACACCUUACACCCCUCUUCCUUUAGCCGUCGGCCUAAAGGAAGUGGGGUUGUGUGGUUGUGUGGUUGUGGGGUUGUGUGUGUUGUGUGUGUCCUCGAUGCUCCUCAUGCGUCUCAGGAUCCAGAUCAGUUCUUCUCUGACUCACAACCUUCACCGUGUUUACGAUCUGUGCAGGAAACUUACACACGUUUUAUUCCUUUAAUAAAUGAU